AUGCCCGACUAUUUCUUUCACGUUGCUAUUGAACUAUUCACAGAUCCAACCGCCACCAACCAAACAGAACAUUCCCCACCACCGAAUUUGACACAGUUCUUCGGAGCCUUGAAACCCUUCACGAAUCAUUCUGCGAGAAGGCGAUCUCGAGAUCAUCAUUUUGACCUGAAAAACCACCCUUCCCCGAGCCGAGGCCGCCAGCAACCCCCCCCGGAUCACAAUCUUUCCAGUCCUGAAAUUCCUCACUCGGAUUCCAAAGAUCACCGAUUAGACAACAUUCUCCUUGAAGGUACGGACAUGUCGUCCCAUUCUGGAGGAGUGGAGUCGCCAAGCUCGAAAGAGAAUAUCAUCGGAAAAGGAAUUGGCAGCGCAAUAUCAGGGCAUCACAUGAAGGGUCGAUACGAGCCUUUGGAGGGCCACGACAGCGCAGAAGGGUGGGGAAUUGUGCAUCUUUACCGAGACUCUGAAGAGACUUCAGGACUAUACAAGGACUCUGUCUACAAAACCAGCGACUUGUGGAGUGAUGGGCUGCGCAACCCUCCACCGGGCAAACCACAUCCUCCUCCCAAAGACGAAGAAUGUACUACCCUGUGCAUAUUGGCCGUACCGUCCUAUAUGACUCCUUCAGAUUUCCUGUCUUUCGUCGGUCAGGACACAAGGGACGAAGUGAGCCACUUCAGAAUGGUCCGCACCUCCAGAGCCAACCGAUACAUGGUCUUGAUGAAGUUUAAACGUGGCAAAAAGGCAAGAGAAUGGCAAUACGAAUGGAAUGGGAAAGUUUUUAACAGCAUGGAGCCUGAAACAUGUCACGUUGUUUUCUUGAAAUCGGUCGAAUUGAUUCAAACUCCAGCUACGGAACAGAACAGCGGCCUGAGUUCCCCAACGACAAGUUAUCCUCGUAUGUCAAACGAUCCCUUCAUACCCGCAUCAACAACCUCACGACCUCUUGCUCCUCGAACGCCGUCCCUGGUCGAACUUCCCACCUGUCCCGUCUGCCUGGAGCGGAUGGACGAAACCACCGGACUGCUGACCAUCCCUUGUCAACAUGUCUUUCACUGUACCUGUCUGGAAAAGUGGUCAGGCGGUGGCUGUCCUGUAUGUCGGUACACUCACGAUGACUUCUCAUCCCGCCUCGGUUCGUACAAGUACAAGAGCAAGAACGCCGGUGAAUACGAAGUGUACGAUGGGCCGUUGGAAUGUGAGGUUUGUCAUGUGGAUACAAGUCUUUGGCAGUGUCUCAUAUGCGGCAAAGUUGGUUGUGGAAGAUAUGAAGGCAAGCAUGCCUACGCGCAUUUCGAGGAGAGUGGGCACACAUUCAGCAUGGAUCUGGAAAGUAAGAGAGUUUGGGACUAUGUUGGAGAUGGGUACGUGCACCGAAUCAUUCAAGAUGCCGCCAAACCAGGUGAAAAGUUGGUGGAAUUACCGGGUAGAAGACGGGAACCAACUGCCCUCGAGGGUCAAGAAGAUAUUGAGGUGGCAAAAAUGGAAAAUAUUGCUCUGGAAUAUACGCACCUCCUGACGAGUCAGCUUGAAAGUCAGAGAGUCUAUUUCGAAGAAGUGGUUGAGAGAGCAGUUGACAAAGCUGCCGAAGCUGCGAAGAAGGCUGAGAGAGCAAUGGAGGAGUGUCGCGUCGCCACAGAAAAACUGCACAUUCUGGAGAAUGAACAUGAUUUCGUGGCCAAAGGUCAGGUUCCUGAACUGGAAAAGGAGAAAGCGCGACUCGAGAAACGAAGUGCGAAAUUUGAGGAAAUGGCUCGGAGCUUCAACUUGAAAUACCAGGAAGAGAGGACCUUGACUUCCAGUCUCAUGGAGAGGGUCAAGUUCCUGGAAGAGACGCAAUUGAAGGAGUUAAACAACACGAUUCAGCGGCUUGAAGAAGAGAACGCGACCAAGGAGUUCUUGAUGGAAGGAUUGAGAGAAGAACAUCACGAUGCCAUGAUGCAGAUCUCAGCACAGAAGAAGUUACAGGAGAUGGUUGAGAAAGGAGAGCUUGAACAGGAAGACCUUGAAGGAGCGGUGAUUGAAGCUGGGCCAGCCGCGAAGAAGAUCCCAUUACGAAGAAGGCGGAAGACGGUAAAUGAUCAGCCUUGCAGAGGCAGUUCACCAUCAAUACCGCCUCCGGUGGCAUACCCUGGGAGCUCAGCACCUUCUUCUGCGUCGGUCGGGAAGACGGACGAGUCUUAUCUCCUCUAUACCGAUAUCUUCGGCCAGAGCUUGCGGGGAAAGAACUGGGACGAUGAAAAGGCCCAAAAGAUCCUCGGCGAGUGCAGGGCCAGAUUGCUCGGUGAGGGAUUACUUGUCCCGUCUGCGUCGACAUCUGUGACAGUGGAGACGGAAGACAGCGAGGCCGAGGCGGAUGGCCAGCACAACGAUGAUGGCGAGAGUGAGGGCAAGGCAAAGGAGAGUGUAAGCAGGAAGAAGAGAGGGAAGAAGUCGAAGAAAAUCGUCACAUGA